AUGUUCUCCUUUCUUCGGAACGUCAAGCGCAUACAGAAACCACAAAGAGCUUAUCUUUCGAUAACUUGUCGAGGCAGAUCAAUCGGUCGCGAAGAACUCUUUGCCUAUACCAAUGGCCGGUUCCUUGUUGACGAAAAGAACCAACUUGACCGACGAUAUGUGAAAUUCGACCUGGACGCGCUUUGCAGUACGGCUGCCACUGCUGGCGGUCAAUCAUCUCAAAUCACAGCUAUUGAGAAGAUGGAAGGCGGCUUUAGUAAAGUUCUUCUGAUGCAAAAGGAGAAUGGGAUGGAAGUCAUCGCCAAAAUUCCGAGUCGCGUUGCCGGGCCUGCAGUCUUGAUCACAGAGUGCGAGGUGAGUGUGUUAGAAUUCUUAAGAAAACACACUAGUAUUCCCGUUCCUCGGGUACUAUCAUGGUCCUCGGACAGAUCCAACGCCGUGGGGGCUGAGUAUAUCAUCAUGGAGAAAGCUUCAGGUGUCCAACUUUCUGAGGUUUGGGGAAGGAUGUCAGGAGUGGAAAAGCCAAAACUCAUCAGAGGCCUGACAAAGCUGGAGGCGCAGCUGUCGGCUAUUCGAUUUCCUGCAUAUGGGGGACUUUAUCUUCAGAAAGAGAGGAACAUUUCAAAUCAGAUACCUCUUGACAAAGAUAUUGAUCCAACAGGUUCUUUCUGCAUAGGUCCCUCUUGUGACCGUGCAUAUCAAACAGAGGGAAUAGAAACCGAUAUCGCAAGUGUGCAUGAUAUCGGGCCAUGGGGUACAAUCUCGGCCUUGGGAAUAUCCAUCGCAAGAAGAGAGUUGUCUCGAAUCUCCAAUGGACAUCUUCCGAGCCAUGCGCAUUUCUACUGCGGAAGUGUUGAAGAACAUACCCAACUUCUAGAAACUACGAUACGCCUCAUGAUGCUUUUGGAUGAUAAUACCAUCCUUUCUCGGUCUUCUCAACCAACACUCUGGCACACGGACUUACAUAUGGGAAACAUUUACGUCUCGCCCGAUGAACACUCGCAGAUAGUAUCUUUCAUUGAUUUGCAAGGAGUGCAGGUCUUGCCAGCGUUCCUCCAAGCUCGAUGGCCAGUAUUCCUAAAUCCUGCACAGGAGACUGAAUAUGUGAGAGGCCCUGUACAACCGAAGCUGCCGGACGACUUUGAUCAGUUAAACGAGGAAGAAAAAAAGGCUGCAUUGAAUGAGUGGGAGCAAGAGAUGCGGGCCAAGGCUUACGAGAUCGCCACGUAUCUCGAGAAUAGACCGGCGUAUACCGCCAUGAAUGUGCCGCGGGUUUUUCGAGAGCUGUUCACCCGUUGUGGUGAGACCUCGGAGAUGGGUGUUCUCCCACUCCGUGAAUGUCUUGUAGAGAUAUUCCAGAGCUGGUCAGACUUGGGAUUCACGGGGGAUUGUCCAUUCACAUUUACAGAAGAAGAGAUUGAGACCCAUCAGCGCCAAUUCGCUGAUUAUGAAGGUUGGAACCAAGUCCAGGUCCUUGCUCGGGAAUGUCUGGAUACCGAUGCCGAAGGCUGGAUAUCACCACAUUGGGAUUUCGAGAACAUACGAAACCUAAACAAGCAAUUGCAGGACAUGUACAUUGAGCGAAUCGCGGGUGAGAAAACCCCGGAGGAAGUGAAGGCAAUUUGGCCUUUCCCAUUGUGA